UUUAAGUCGAGGUCACCUGGCGGAGCGGAACUGAUCCCCCUGCGAUCCAGAAUUCCAUGCCACAAGCGGCUCAGAAGGCCCUCCAGAAAACAGUGCUCCACGUUAAAUAAUAUCUAAUCGCAAGGCGCCGGAUCCACUGCAUUGGCACGUCUUCCCAUUUCUAGCUCGCCGGGUAGCGCAGUGGGGAAGAGUCCGGGACUUCAUCAUCUGAGAAACAUCAGAAGCUGACCCUACAGCUCAUGGGCUUCGAGCUCUUGCAUCAUCCGAGCCCGUGCAUCCACAACUGCAGCUGCGCUGUGGACCAGAGCGAGUCGUAGCCUUAGCCUUAGCCUUAGUGCAAAGCAAGCUUCGCCUGCACUGCACUGCACUGCACCGCGCUGCGCAACAAGCCUCGCUCGAGCUCACCACCUUACGAUCCGCCCUCGGAGCUACAGAACUUGCCGUAACCGGAGUUCCUGUCCUCCGAAUCUUACACCGACGCCAGUAGACUCGCUGCCUUUCUUCGCAGUCGUAAGUUCAACGCUAGCUUUAGCUCGGCGCAGCAUGUCGCCGCAUGAUGAGCUGUAACGGAGCAUCCAUCUUCAGCCCGGCCCGAAACAGUGAGGAGUCGGGCUGCGAUCUGGCGCCAUCCCGAUCGAUCGCCUUCACUGGGCAGUCGGGCCUGCGCUUUUCACCCCGCCCCUCUAAAUGGCCACCCGGUUAUAAGAUGUUUACUGCAUUCGAAGGCCCUGAGGUCUGACCAACGAUCUGUACAUUACAUAAGUCGAACCUCCAGGGAAGGAGUGAUUCCAAUCCCUGAAACAUCUAAAGGUUCCGAUUCAUAGAGAGGACUGGAUUUGGUCGCUUGUGAAGCUUCGGCGGCUGAACUAUUGCGGCCAGUGGCGUAUUUGUGUUUGUGGGGUUCCCCGACACUUCAUCUAAUCUCUAUUCGACCUUUCCCAGCCCGCGGGUCUAACAGACCGACGGCUGCAGUCCGCGCGAGAUUCACCACGCCAUCACCACCCGAGACAUCGUCGUUCUUCUGACGAGCAAGGGACCCAGGCUUCAGGCUCACUUCUCCAUUCUCUAUCUGGCCACUCAUCAUCGCGAGCGAGAGACCCCAUACACGAGGAACCCAAUCGGGUCGCGUUGCAAUAGGACUGGAUUGCGGUGAAACUCUCGACAAGAUUCCCCAGCUCGGCAGUUCGUCGACACGCACUGACUGCAUUGCAAUCGCAAGGAUUAGAACGAAUGGGGGAGGCUCCGCGAGGGCGGCCGGUACCGCGACCGAGACGAGAAGUGGCCGACAUCGCGACGUCGGAAGAUGAGCCCGAGAAUGUUCGGGCUCAUCGUCGCGCGGCGGUCGUGAAGCCUUCGAGCUCUGCGAUCGACAGCGACUCCGACGAGGGCUCGGAAGAGAGCGACGACACCAAGUGCUCCGUGACGACACUGACAACCGUGACCACAGCGGCCGGGAUGGAGAGCAGCGAGAGCAGCGAGGACGAAACCUUCCGAGCCGAUGGAUCAGCACUUGCAAAUCCCCAGGGGAAGCUCUCUUUCUCCGGAAGAGGGUCGAAGGCAUCCAUGAGCAAUCGCGGGGGCGGCUUGGUGAAAUUGCAGGGACAGCAGCAGCGAUCGCCGCCCAAGGAGACCGACGGCAAGAAUAAGAAGGCGGCGCGCAUCGCUGCCGGGCCCGGGGAGGCGCACGGCGACGACGAUGAAGCGCGCAAAAAAACCAAAAGAAAUUCGAUCCGGGUCAAAUCUUUGCACCGCGCGAAGAUCGCCAAGGAGUAUAGCACUAGCGAGAGCGAGGAUGAUGUUCCGGUGAGGCCAUUGAGUAGUAGUCAUAGUCAUCAUCUCGACACAAUAACAUCGAGCUCGAUCCUGCACUCCACCUCGGGCAAAUUUGCUGGCCCUCGAAGCCAUGCUGUGGAGAAGGACGACAGGCAUGCCUCGAGUGAUAGCGACUCUAGUUCGAUUGAAUACGAUAGCGACGACGAAGAAGAUGAGCACAAGGACAAGAGAAUGAGGAUUCACUCGCGCGGGCCUUCGCUGCAUGCCGUGCCAGCCCCGAAGCCUACCAGGGCGAUCAAGUUCGCGUACGACGAGGAAAUGAUUCCGGCCCAGUUCUCGGGGAGAGAUUAUUCGAGAUCCGAUGCGGAAAGUCACGAUGCGGAUCAUGAGCGGUGGGAAGAAGAAGAGGACGAUUACGAAGACACGCGCGGGCGGAGAUUGAGGGGGAGAAAUCAGGGCAACAGCGCCUCGUUCUCGGGAGCAGUGUCGCGGAACUUUCGAUGGUCGAACGUGAAGACCAAAAUCUUCUACUCGUUUCGGGCCAAGGGGUCGGACGACGAGGGUAGCCGGGUCAUCUGCGUCAAGAACCUGGCGCCGACUGUGAACGAGCAGAUUCUGCUGGACUUCUUCGCGGGCAUCGGAAGGGGGGCUAUCGUGAACAUCACCACGGACGAAUUCGGACGCUGCUCGGGCACGGCCUACCUCGAGUUCGAAUCGGCAGCCGCUGCGAGAAAAGCUCUGCAGAAGGGCGGCACCAAGCUUUUGGAGAGAGUCGUCUUCGUCGAUGUGGCUCACGAGACGAGCACCACCCGACAUACGGAGGCCCGAGCAGCCCCCGUCAAGCCUGCAGAGCCACCCCCGCCUGCCCCGACCGGCGGAGGCCUCGACAUUCACUCCAUAUUCCCUCUCAGCUUGAUCCCGUUCCACCGCGACAAAGACAGCGACGAAUCCGUGCGAAAACGAGCCCACGAGAAAUCGAACGAGAGUUUGCAGCCUCUGAAAGGAGCGAGGGGAGUAUCGGGCUCAGGAGGGCCGACAAGCCCCAGGGAUUCCAACAUUGCCAUCAACGAGCUAUUGCCAUCGGUCCACGACCCGGAGGAGUCCUCCCGUGGCAAGACGGCGCUUGGAGCGUUCAGACAGAAGCUAUUCGGGUCGUCCAAGUCGGGGAGUGGUUCGAAUUCUGAGAAAAUCGCAUCGCAGAAUCAAUCGCGGGGAGCUGAAACUCAGUCUCGGGGAAUCGAGAUCCAGUCUCGGGGGUUGGACUUCCUCCCGCGUGGAUUCAAUGCAUCCCAGUCGGGUCCGAGUCCGGGUAUGGUAAUCGACGAAGCGCCGGGCGGUGGGUUUAUGCCGCUACCCAGGGAGCACAACAAGAAGAAGAGGUGGUCGUGGGGACAGUUUCGUCGCAAGCACCGGUGGGCGAAAUUGCUGUGGCCUUGGGGGAGGAAGCCCCGAUGGCACUGGUGGCAUUUCGCCAAUCUCUCAGCGCGUUGGGGCAAGGCCAGCCGCAGCCCACAGGUCAAGACCAUGGCUUCUCUUCCCCGUGAAGCUUCGACGGCGACUUCCAGCAACAACGAAUCUUCUAACUGUAAAUCUCCCCGUUCCCCUUGCGCCCCCCCUGCUGCUGCGCCUACGGCCCCCGUUCCCCUUGCGCUGUGAUUAACACUCCACAUUGUCUCUUGUAUAUUACGAAAAGUUCGUCGUUUUCUUUCGUGCGUAUCCCCAUUGGGGGAAGCCUCAUGUUACAGGACACGGAUCCAACAGUUUUGGAUGGGGCUAGUUGGUGACGCCUAGAUGAUUCCUAAACCCUGUCAUGGAUUGAUGCUAGAAAUUUGCUCGAUGAUCAUGACGUUUAGGUUGAGAGUAACGAAGUCUGAGCCCGCAGUUAUCGGGCACGAACCGGAGAGCCACCGGGUUCCGUCUUUAUCAGCCGAGAUUUCGACGUGCCCGGUUCCCCCAAAGAACACGUCCAAGACAGGGUUCUUCGUUCCACCUGCCCUUGAAGUACUUAACCGGCUGUAACUUCGAUUUAAGUACUUCAAACCUUGUAACCAUAACUUUCUGGGAAAGAUGAUAUUUGACGGUGUCUGUAUGGAGGUCACCCAGAACCCAGGACUCUAUGCACCUGAUUCAUAUUGUACAAAGAUUCUUCGGCAUUUAUAUGCAAAUAAGCAAGAAAGAAAAAUACGA